ACUUUUUUUUUUUUUUUUUGUACCGGGGAUCGAACUCGGGUCCUUGAGCUUGCGCAGUAGGCAGCGAAACCACUGAGCUAAAUCCCUGGCCCUGCCUCCUUAAUUAUUAAUGAUUUGUCAAUGAGUCAGGGCUUCCAGGGACUUUGGUAGCCAGACACUGCUCUCCAAUACAAAAAAAAAAAGCACAAGGGUGAUUAUCUCUGGGGACCACUGUUCAUGGAAGGGGCUAGGAGGUAGGAGGCUGGGGAUGGGAAUGAGUCCUAAAAGGGAGGCUCCCAUCCCCUUUUCGGUGCCACUAGCCUCUCACUACAUACCCCUCCGCGUGGGCACCCUAGACAAAAAUGAUGGGAUCAAGGCUCUGAGCAUUUCCUAGUCAGCCUCAAGCAGUGCUCACCAACCGGCUUCCUGACUGACCUGGACCAGGGCUUAGCAGUCCCAUCUCCGUGGGAGGCGUAUGUGCAGGCGCAGUGGGUUCCUCGUGCCUGUGAAUAUAGGUAGCUAGCAUGAGCGGCCGACUGGGUAGGCGGCCAAAAGACCAGGCCAGCAUCUCGAAGAGCCAGGGGCUGGGGACGGCCGCACUCCUUGACGUGGCACCCCUUGGGCUGCCCAGAGCUCGGGAAGCAGCUCCAAGUCCUGGCCCAGCCUGGAGAGCUGUCUUGCGAAGCGGAGGAAGCUCGGGGAAGGGACAGGGCCUAACGUGGACUACAGGGAGCAAAGGCCCGCACCGGCGGCUCCAGUCAGAUUGCUCGGGAGGACAUCCUGGCCUUGGUUUACAAUGGUCUGUUAGCAAAAUUAUCUAGUGAAUAAAGCAACGUUCAGUGCACAAGGAGUGGAAUUCAAUGCCCGCGGCUCCUAAACAGGAGUCCCAAACCUGAACUUCCCAGGAGGGCAGUGGGAGCUCGUCGCCAAUGAGACGCAUGCGCAACCCUCAAACUGCUUCCUCUCGCGCGAGUUUUCCCGAGAGGACCAAUUACCACUUGCUUCCCGAUUGGACCAGUUCGUAGGUUGUCGUCCGCCAUCUUUGCUCAGGCCUUGAAACGUGCCUUUGACCGCCUUCACGGUGAGGGCGGAGGCCCCGCCCCACUCGGCUCUUCCAUACCCGGCGGUAGUUCGAGCGCAGCAGCACGUGUGUGUCGCGGUGAGCUCUGGCUCUACCGCGGGGAGCCCAAAGUAGAAGGGAGGCGGAGGAGCGGGGAUCACGUGGUGUUAGGGACCGUCUUCUAAUUCCGUACCGCCACUGCCGGUGUUUCGGGGCUGAGGACCGUUCUGGUUCUCCCCCUCCCCCACCGAGCCCAGUCCCCUCGAGGUAACCGCUGACCCACAGACGGCCCCCACAAGACCCUACAGGGACCCAGGAGCCUAGGGUUGAAAUCUGACUUCAACAGGAAGUUGGUAUUCAUUUUACUAUUUUUUUUAUGAUGUUAAAAAUGAAUUCUUAAUGAAUUUCUACCAAGUACCACCCAAAAUUCGUGCUUACUGCCUUUGGUUGUUGCAAAAAUUGAAGGGAUAAUAAGUGCAAAGCGCUUACAAGAGCCUGGUACAAGUCAGCGCUCAGUAAAUGUUGGUUAUUCUCAGUUUUUACACACCUGGAAACGGGAUUGGGGAGGCUAACGUCAAAUAGGCGGCACAAUCUAGAUCUGAGUCCAGGACUGACUGACUCCAGUGACCGCGCCGUGCUCUCACUGAUGCCCCAAAGGGUUCACCAAGUUGUAGGGAAAUGCUCUCAUUGCUGGUCCCCCCUGUUGCAGUCACUAACCCCAGGACCCCUGCGUUCUGCUCAUUUCUCUGGAGUCUUGUCUCCUGUGCGUCAUUCAUUCAUUUAUUCAUUCAGUGUCCUCCCAAGAGGUUCAGUCCGGGGUUAUGCUGAUUCAUUUAGAUGCGGGUGCUGGAGAGACAAACGUGUCACCUGCUGAGUCGGGCACCCACCUCUCUCGGGCCCUUACCAUCAUACUCCAGCUUCAUUUAUUUAGUCUCCUUAAGAGCAGGUGAUCUAAAGUCACAUAGUCUAGAUUCAAGUCCCAGCGUCAUCACUUAGAGGCUUCUGUCCUGGGAGAACUGACCAGCAGAGACCUCCAGAGGAGAGCUGAGCCCACGAAGGUUGUGUGACCUUGGGCAAGUGACCCACCUUCUCUGUGCCUCUAUUACCUCUUCUAUAAAACGGGGUCCCACGCUGGUGGGAGGGUUUAAGAAAAUAAGCUUUGAUGACUUAUAAUUAAUCUUCGAGAUCAUCCCAGAGAGUGGAUAUUAGCGGCCCCCUCCCCCCAUUUUACACAAGAACAAAGUGAAGCUUAGAGAAGUAGAUUUUGGCCCCAGGACACUUCGCUAUGAGUACCGGCCUGUUUGGCUCCCCAAAUUACAGUCAGUCCAGGGAAAGGUUUGCUUCAACUACUCAGGGAAAACUAGACAAUUGGUAAAACCCAAGCCUGCUGGGAGAGGGGCUUGGGUGAGCGAGGCAAUUUGCAGACACUCCCUUCCGGCGGAGAUUGCCCCCGCCGUCCUUCAGAUCGAGCCCUGCGGCGGGUCCAGCCCUGGCCGACCGUAGUGGUGGUGAAGGGGUUGGCAGAAGCAGUGCUAGCUGCAGUGGCCCGGCCGAGGCGGGAGCGUCAUGUCAGAGCCGCAGCUGCGUGGCGCCGAGCGCGACCUCUACCGGGACACGUGGGUGCGAUACCUGGGGUAUGCCAAUGAGGUGGGGGAGGCUUUCCGUUCCCUGGUGCCAAGGGCUGUGGUGUGGCUGAGCUACGGUGUGUCCAGCUCCUAUGUGUUGGCCGAUGCCAUUGACAAAGGCAAGAAGGCUAGAGAGGUGUCAAGCCCCGAAGCCAGUCGCAGCACCAGGGUGACUGUAGCUGUGGUGGACACCUUCAUGUGGCAGGCUCUGGCCUCCGUGGCCAUUCCAGGCUUCACUAUCAACCGUAUAUGUGCUACCUCUCUCUAUGUCCUGGGCACUGCCACCCGCUGGCCUGUGGCUGUCUGCAAGUGGACCACCACCACACUUGGGCUCCUGGCCAUUCCCAUCAUCAUCCACCCCAUUGACAGGUCAGUGGACUUCCUCCUGGACUCCAGCCUGCGCAAGCUCUACCCAUCAGAGGGGAAGCCCAGCUCCUCCUGACUCUACCUGGUGCUUGGUCCCUGGGUUGGCCCCCUUGUGCCAGGGAGUGUGGAUGUCUGGCUUCCCGGAGUCCUUGGCCCUGGCACCUGAGUGGAUGUGAGCUGGACAGAAGCUUAGAGAUAAAGAUCUCAAGGAGCAGUAGCUAUAGCAGGACCUGACUGCAUCAACUUCCAUAGAAUCUAUUGUACUGAAAGCAGAGUGGACUUGGGUGGGUCUGCCUCUGUCUUUUGAUGACAAAGUUAAUCCUCCCAUGGAGGAUAAGCCCACUGAGACCCAGGGAGGGCUAAGGAAAAUGCCCAGUAUUGCUUGGCAAGCUGGUUACCAGGAUGCCCAGCUACUCAGCUGAGUCACUUCAUGGCAGCAUGGAUGGAUGACCGCAGAUACUCAGGGAGAAACAAGUACAGCAGCUGGAAACCUCAAGACAGAUUCUCUAGCCAGCCCAUCCCUGGUGCAUGGGCUGCUGGGGCCUGGCUUAAAGGCAGGACAGUCCUGAGCCAGGUGCUGGCCAGGCCAAUAAACCCCUAAGAAGUUGAGUUUUCUUCUUCUCUAUGGGGGGAGGAACAGGGAUGUGGUGGUAGGAGCAGGGAUUCUCUUGGAGGAGGUAAACUUCGAGAGGAGUGGACUGUAGUCAGGGGAGGGCUUUCUGGGCCUGCAGGAACAGGUAGGGGAAAGCAAGGAAAAGUAUCCCAAGGAGGGACCAGUGUAUGAACAGAUCCAGUCGAGAGAAACAUCAGAUCCAAGGAACCAAAAUGAACAGAAGGGGUGAAAUAAGGGAUUAGGUGAGGAGGUGAGUAGGGUGUCCUCCAGAUCACCAGCCGCCCUGUGGGCCAAGGGGAAGAUUCGACUGCGUUGGGCUGGUUAAGAAGUAGUUGGCCAGAUAGCAAAGAUUGGAGAGGGAUAUCUUAGUCUGUUUUCUGUUGCUAUCACAAAAGACUUGAGUGGAUAAUUUAUUAUGAAUAAAGGUUUAUUUGGGCUCAUGGU